AUGGGGUCAGUCCCACCCGAAGCCAAACGACAGUACGAUGUCCUCAUCGUCGGCUCUGGUCUGUCCGGUGUCUGUGCAUUGUAUCAUCUCAGACAGCGAUUCCCAGAUUGGCGUGUCAAAGUUCUAGAGGCCGGAUCGGGACCAGGAGGCACCUGGUACUGGAACCGCUACCCUGGUGCGCGCUUUGAUAGUGAAUCCGUCUCGUAUGGCUUCUCGUGGGACUCGGACCUGCUCGACCAAUGGCACUGGAAAGAGUCUUUCUCACCUCAACCCGAGACGCUGAAGUAUGUUGAGCUUGUGUGCCAGAAACACGACCUGUAUAGGGACAUUCAGUUCAACACCAGGAUCAAAUCAGCACGAUGGCAGGACGACUCGCGAACCUGGCUGUUCACAGAUGAGGAGGGACAUGAGUAUGAGACCACGUUCUUCGUCAGCUGUCUGGGCUUCUUGUCGUCUCCGACACUUCCCAACAUUCCAGGGGUCCAUGAUUUCAAAGGAGAGUCUUUCCACACCUCUCGAUGGCCGCAAGACUUCGACAUGACUCGAGAUUUUGGCAAUAGACGUGUUGGCAUUAUCGGCACAGGUGCCACUGGCAUCCAGACUAUUACCGAGGUCGCUAAAGAGCCAAGUCUGAAAUCCUUACACGUCUUCCAACGAACGGCGAACUGGUCCGCUCCGCUGCACAACAAACAGAUCACUCUGGAGCAGAUGGAGCAGUAUAGGGGCCAAUACUCUGCCAUCUUCCAGCGAUGCGCCGAGACACCCAUGUGCUUCAUUCACCAGGCUGAUCCACGCAAGUCUCUCGAAGUCAGCAAAGAAGAACGGCUUGCUCUGUGGGAGAAGCUCUAUUCGGAGCCUGGUUUCGGGAAGUGGAUCGGCGCUUUCGCAGACACUUACACCAAUCGUGAAGCGAAUGAGCUAUAUUCAGAGUUCAUGGCAAAUAAAAUCCGCCAACGAGUACACGACCCGGCUACGGCUGAGAAGCUGAUACCCAAAACACACGGCUUCGGGACCCGCCGUGUGCCACUCGAGAGUGGCUACUUCGAGGCUUUCAACAAGCCCAAUGUCCACUUGGUAGAUCUGCAAGUAGAACCAAUUGAGCGCAUCACGGAGACUGGCAUCAAGAUGUCAGAUGGCACACUACAUGAGCUGGACGUCCUAAUCUUCGCAACGGGUUUCGAUGCCAUCACAGGCGCUUUCAACGCCAUUGACUUUCAUUGCAAGGACGACCGACCACUCAUCGGUAGCAGCGAUGACGCGAAGGGAAAACAGGCCAUUUGGCCAGACCACCGCCCGGAGACGUUCCUGGGCUUGACCGUGAGAGGCAUGCCUAACAUGACAAUGAUCCUCGGUCCCCAUCAGCCAUUUGGCAAUGCGACUCGCAGCAUUGAGCACGCAGUCCAGGUGGUCUCUGACCUCCUCGCACACUGUAAGGAGCACGGCAUCACGUACGUGGAGCCGGAGCAAGAUGCCGUGGAUGAGUGGACGAGACAUGUGCACAAGUGUGCCGAGGGCGCCCUGUCCGCUGAGGUGGACAGUUGGAUGACAGGCGUGAAUAAAAACGUCACGGGGAAGACGGUGAGACACGUGGCGAGGUACUCAGGGAGUGCCAUCGAUUUCAGACGCAGGUGUGAGGAGUGCAAGGCCGCUAGAUGGCAAGGCUUACGAUUUGCCUGA